AUUUUUAUUUCGAAAUCUCUUAUCUUAACUUAAAACAAUUAAACUUAUCUGAAAAGAUCUUAUAUUUUAGAAUUAAUAAAAAAGUUUUAGAUUUUUCAAACCGCCAGCGGUUCGUAUUUUAUUUCUAAACUUUCCCGCAGAAUUUAGCGGAUAUUCGUUGUAGCAAAAUGAGAAUUCCACGUAAUAGUUGAGCUGAAGGUGAGGUAGCCAAUCCAAAAUUUCUGUCAAUACCACUCCCGCCAUGAACACUCUUUCUAUCCUCUCGCUUCCUCCCCUUUUCCCCACAACCAAACACUGCCAGAUCUCUCACUGUCACUCUCUCGCUCAAUCUCUCCCUUUCUGUCGCCCCAAAUCCAUCCUCUCUCCACUUUCCUUCCGUCUCUCUUUCAAAUCCCGACGCUCUCCCUUCUCCUCAGAACCCAAACUCUCCGACGCCGACGAAGAACUCGAAGAUGACGAAGACGACGACGACGACGAUUACGAAGCUGCCGACGAAUACGACGACGUUUCAGGCGAAGUUUCGGACGAUAUCCAACAGAGUGCAGACGAAGUUGAAAUCUCGGUGGAUUUUUCGAACCGGCGCAAGGAAUCCACGUGGCAACGUGUCGAGAGGCUCUGUAACCUAGUUAGAGAAUUCGGCCAGGAAAUGAUUGACGUUGAUGCACUCGCUGAUAUUCACGAUUUUCGCAUUGAUAAGUUUCAGAGAAUAGCCAUAGAAGCAUUUUUGAGGGGUUCAUCGGUGGUGGUUUCAGCGCCAACAAGUAGUGGAAAGACCUUAAUUGCGGAAGCUGCGGCCGUGGCAACGGUAGCCAGGGGAAGCAGGUUAUUCUAUACAACUCCGCUUAAGGCAUUGUCCAAUCAGAAGUUUCGACAGUUCAGGGAGACAUUUGGGGAUAACAAUGUCGGGCUUCUCACAGGAGAUUCUGCUGUCAACAAGGAUGCACAGGUUUUAGUCUUGACUACAGAGAUUUUGCGCAACAUGUUGUAUAAUAGUGUUGGAAUGGCUUCUUCUGGGAGUGGUUUUUUUCAUGUUGAUGUGAUUGUUCUCGAUGAGGUUCAUUAUUUAAGUGACAUAUCUCGGGGUACUGUGUGGGAGGAGAUAGUGAUUUAUUGCCCAAAAGAAGUUCAACUUAUAUGUCUGUCAGCGACAGUUGCAAAUCCAGAUGAGCUAGCUGGUUGGAUUGGUCAGAUUCAUGGUAAAACAGAGCUGGUAACAUCAUCCUGGCGUCCAGUUCCAUUGACUUGGCACUUCUCAACGAAGACUUCCUUAUUGCCUCUUCUUAACGAAAAAGGAACACACAUGAAUAGGAAGCUGUCACUCAAUUAUUUACAACUUUCUGCUUCAGGAGUUAAAUCUUACAGGGAUGAUGGAUCUAGAAGAAGAAAUUCACGACGGCGUGGAAGAAAUGGGAGCCUUGAUGGUAUAGUUAGCAUGUCUGAGCAGCCUCUUUCAAAGAAUGACAAAAACAUGAUUCGCCGUUCACAGGUUCCUCAAGUUGUUGAUACACUAUGGCACCUCAAAGCAAAGGACAUGCUUCCAGCAAUUUGGUUUAUUUUUAAUAGGAGAGGUUGUGAUGCAGCUGUGCAGUAUGUUGAAGACUGCAGCCUUUUGGAUGAGUGUGAGAUGAGUGAGGUAGAACUUGCGUUGAAGAAGUUUCGCCUUCAAUAUCCUGAUGCUGUGAGGGAGACUGCAGUCAAAGGACUUAUUAGAGGGGUUGCUGCACAUCAUGCUGGUUGUCUUCCGCUAUGGAAAUCAUUUGUUGAAGAGCUGUUUCAGCGAGGACUUGUUAAGGUCGUAUUUGCUACAGAAACCCUGGCGGCUGGAAUCAACAUGCCUGCUAGGACAGCUGUUAUUUCAUCUCUUAGCAAAAGGACAAGCAGCGGACGUAUCCAGUUAAGCCCUAAUGAAUUGCUCCAAAUGGCAGGGCGCGCUGGACGUAGAGGCAUAGAUGAAAGGGGUCAUGUUGUGAUAGUGCAGACUCCUUACGAAGGUGGUGAAGAGUGCUGCGAGCUUCUAUUUUCUGGAGUUGAACCCCUUGUGUCACAGUUCACUGCUUCUUAUGGAAUGGUGUUGAAUCUUCUGGGAGGAGCAAAAGUUACUCGUAGGCCUAAUGAAUCAGACCAAUUGAAUGCUUUACAAGGAAGGAGAACUUUGGAAGAGGCAAGGAAGUUAGUGGAGCAAAGUUUUGGAAACUACUUGGGCAGCAAUGUAAUGCUUGCUGCGAAAGAGGAGCUUGCUAAAAUAGAGAAAGAGAUUGAAGCAUUGACUUCCGAAAUUAGUGAUGAUGCCAUAGAUAGAAAAAGCAGGAAACUUCUGUCAGAGGUGGCAUAUAAGGAGAUUGCAGAUCUACAAGAGGAAUUAAGGGCAGAAAAACGCCUUAGGACUGAAUUACGAAGAAGAAUGGAAUUGAAGAGAUUUUCUGCUUUGAAACCUCUCUUGAAGGAGUUUGAAAAUGGACACCUCCCCUUCAUUUGCUUGCAGUAUAGGGAUUCUGAAGGAGUUCAAAACGUAGUUCCUGCUGUUUAUCUGGGGAAGGUUGAGUUGCUGGAUGGGUCAAAACUUAAAAAGAUGGUGUCUGCUGAUGAUUCUUUUGCAAUGGGCAGUGUUGGAUCUGAGUUAAAUGCUGGUAAGCCUGACACUAAUCAAGAUGUUGAACCAACUUACUAUGUGGCUCUUGGUUCAGAUAACUCCUGGUAUCUAUUUACAGAGAAGUGGAUUAAAACUGUUUAUAGGACUGGCUUUCCUGAUGUUGCUUUAACUCAGGGGGAUGCUUUGCCUCGGGAAAUAAUGAGGACACUUCUUGAUAAGGAGGAGCUGCAGUGGGAAAAAGUUGCUGACUCUGAGCUUGGUGGUUUAUGGUACGCAGAGGGAUCUCUAGAGACAUGGUCCUGGAGUCUAAACGUGCCAGUUUUAAGUAGUCUUUCUGAAAGCGAUGAGGUGUUGCAUAUGUCGGAAGAAUACGAUGAAUCUGUAGAACAUUACAGGGAACAAAGGAACAAAGUAGCACGUUUGAAGAAAAAGAUAGCCCGUACAGAAGGCUUCAGAGAAUAUAAAAAAAUCUUGGAUAUGGCUAGGUUUACCGAGGAAAAGAUAAAGCGGUUGAAGGCUAGAUCAAAUCACUUGACCAAUAGAAUGGAGCGAAUCGAGCCGUCUGGUUGGAAGGAGUUUGUCCAAAUCAGCAAUGUGAUUCAUGAAACAAGGGCAUUAGAUAUAAAUACGCACGUAAUAUUCCCUCUUGGUGAAACUGCAGCUGCAAUAAGAGGAGAAAAUGAACUGUGGCUGGCAAUGGUCCUUCGAAAUAAAAUCUUACUGGAGUUGAAGCCUGCACAACUUGCCGCUGUGUGUGCAAGUUUAGUUUCUGAGGGGAUCAAGGUUCGUGUUUGGAAAAAUAAUAACUACAUAUAUGAACCUUCCUCUACUGUCCUAAAUGUCAUUGGUUUAUUGGAUGAACAAAGAAACUCCUUUCUGCAACUUGAAGAGAAGCAUGGGGUAGAGAUACCUUGCUGUUUGGAUGGCCAGUUUUCUGGAAUGGUCGAAGCCUGGGCAUCCGGCCUAUCUUGGAGGGAAUUGAUGAUGGAUUGUGCCAUGGAUGAGGGUGAUUUAGCUCGCCUUUUAAGACGAACCAUCGACCUUUUGGCUCAGAUUCCCAAGUUGCCUGAUAUUGAUCCGUUGCUGCAAAACAAUGCAACAACUGCAUCUGAUGUCAUGGACCGUCCACCCAUAAGCGAGCUCGCCGGAUGAUAUCCCUUUGCCUUGUCGGUUAACACGUAAUAAUUAU